UUAUUAGUGCGAAAAGUAGACGGAUAAAGAAGUAAACAGACGAUGCAACGGAACGGCUAAGAAAACUCGCGGCAAUUGGAAACGUAACGAAAAAGACGUCGUUACUAGCGACCAGAGAGCCAAGUGGCUACACGUGUAUGUGUUUUACGGGCGGUGCGCGCGCCAACUCCGCAAAAAGCGUACUACUUUUAACCUUAGUUGACAUUGAAAUGUACCCGCUUAGUUGGAUGUCCACGAUGUUGGCAUUCGUUAUUAAUUAAAUCAGCCGCCAACAGCUGAGCGAGUGAAAGAGAAAGAGUGAAAGGGCAAGAGAGAUAGUUAACCGAUACAGGCCACUUCCACUUCCAAACGAAUCGGAGCAGCGCAGUCAACAGGAGCAGCGCAGCCAGCGGCGCAGUCAGCAGAGGCUUGGUAAUUAAAAGGAAAGACUGAAACGAAAAGAAAAGAACGAAAGUCGGAAAGUCGCAAAGUCGGAGAGUCGCAGUCUCAGUCGCAGAGAUUCCACUCGUGUCGCACGUCCGUUCGUUCCCACAUUGUCGUUAUAAAAAUAGCAACGCCUUAAACGAUCGCAUCAACCUCAUCAACAGAACACCAUCAUCAAAACCAUCACCUCCUCUUCCUCCUUCUCCGCUUCGACACCGCCGUAUCUCAUCUUCAUUAACAAGCAGCCCGGCAGAAUUCCAACCUGCCGUUUCGGCAGCCGGCAAGAUUUCACUGGAUCUAAUGGCCAAGGACGAGGAGGAUGAUCUGCUGCCCGACAAGGAUGCGGCCAAGGGCUUCUAUGCCAAAUACGAGCCCAAGGAAAUUCUGGGCAGGGGCAUCAGUUCGACCGUGAGACGAUGCAUCGAGAAGGAGACGGGCAAGGAAUUCGCUGCCAAGAUCAUCGACCUGGGCGCCACCACAGAGGCGGGCGAAACGAAUCCAUAUCAUAUGCUCGAAGCAACCAGACAAGAAAUCUCAAUACUGCGCCAGGUCAUGGGGCACCCCUACAUAAUUGAUCUGCAGGAUGUGUUUGAGUCAGAUGCAUUUGUUUUCCUCGUAUUCGAGCUGUGUCCCAAAGGCGAGCUCUUCGACUAUUUGACAUCCGUGGUGACGCUCUCCGAAAAGAAGACGCGUACCAUUAUGCGACAGAUCUUCGAGGGCGUCGAGUAUAUACACGCCAAGAACAUUGUCCAUCGCGACCUCAAGCCCGAGAACAUCUUGCUCGACGAGAAUCACAAUGUUAAGAUCACGGAUUUUGGUUUCGCUAGGCAGCUCCAGGAGGGCGAGAAACUGACAGAUCUGUGUGGAACGCCUGGUUAUCUAGCGCCGGAAACGCUAAAAUGCAAUAUGUUCGAAGGAUCCCCCGGCUAUUCGCAGGAAGUGGACAUUUGGGCCUGUGGCGUGAUUAUGUUUACGCUGCUCGUCGGUUGUCCACCUUUCUGGCACCGCAAGCAGAUGGUCAUGUUGCGGAAUAUCAUGGAGGGCAAGUACAGCUUCACCUCACCGGAGUGGGCUGAUAUUUCAGAGGAUCCGAAGGAUCUGAUACGCAAAUGUCUAGUCGUUGAUCCUGCGCAACGUAUCACCGUCAAGGAAGUAUUAAGACAUCCAUUCUUCAACCAAAUGGUGUUAAUGGGUGACCGCCGGCAUGCACCGGCUCCGACUUUGUCGGCCGCCCAUUCGAGCAACAGGUACCUCCUCGGUUCCGAGGCAUCAUCGUACCGUUUUGGGCAGUUAAACAGCAGUAGUGGCGGUGGUGCCCCCGGUUACCUAUAUUGUGCGCCACAGAGCUCCUACUCGUCGAAUCGUAUGCGUGACGGGCCGUUUGAUGAUGCAGCUGCCUCCGUAUCCGCCUCCGCCACCUGCCAUGCCAUGUCAUCCAACUCAUCCACGUCUGCCACGGCCUUGGCAAACGCCUCCAUGGCAUCCGCCACCUCACACAAAACGCUAACGGCGACAGUGUACUAUCAGCAACAACCGCAGCAGCAUCAGACGCAGCAGCAGCAGUAUCACCAACAACAGACGACGCAACUGCCGAUGCAAUUGCAAUUGCAUCAUCCGCCAGGCAAUGGCGAUGGCAAGCAAUCGGUGUAUGCACCUCCUUCAGUGCAGCUGCGGAAACAGAGUCGCUUCAACGCGCGCAAAAAGUUCCAAUUCGCCAUAUUAGUGAUACGGGCCGUUAUCCGGAUACGGCGCCUCCGCUACACCGCCGAGCCGCUACACGUUGAGGAGGCCAUCCGGGAUCCAUAUCGCGUCAAAGUUCUGCGCAAGGUCAUCGAUGGCUGUGCCUUCCGUGUCUACGGGCACUGGGUUAAGAAGGGCGAAGGCCAGAACCGCGCCGCCCUCUUUGAGAAUACUCCGCGCACCGAACUGCACGCGCUCUACAUCAACAAUCUCAGUCGAUAGGCGGCAACGGGGGCGUGGUCGCUGAGCUACAUAAGCACACACACAAACACACACACAUAAAAAACAAACAAUCAACUAGCAAGCAAGCAACCAACAAACAAACAAACAAACGAAUUAGCAAAAGUUACUAAGAAAAACAGGAAAUUGCGAUUGCAAAAGGAGAGACACCAAAUAGGAUUCAACCUUAAACGGCUCGUUGCGAUUUCGAAUUCGCCUCGUUCUGGAUCUGGGUUUUUAUCUGGGGCUUCGAGAAGCCCAAAAUCAAAGCCUCAAACCAAACACACAAUCGCAGGUGUAGAUAUACAUACAUGCCUAGUUAUAUUACCUCUCUCUGCCUUUUUUCGUCCUUGUGAUUUUGUUUAAAUACUUUUUAUUUGAUUUUUUAUUUUAUUAUAUUUUGUUUUAUGCGCCCGCCAUCUAGUGUUAUCAGUUAGUGUAGAGUAGUUGGGCAACAAACUACUAUAUAUAUAUAUACAAAUAUAUAUACCCCGUGUACAGUGAUGUAUUACCCGAUGCCAGAACGAGCCGAAUCGGAUAUAGAUAUAGGUAGAGCCGCGGACAGGUCCUUGCCUCAUUAUCCAAACCCAACUACACCCUCACAAGCAAGCAUACAUGCAUAUGUAUUUUCUGUUAAUGAUUCUAUUAAAUUAUUUAAUUGUAUUGCUAAGCGUUUACAUUUUAAUUGUUAUGUUGUAGUAUACACAAUAAAUAAAUCAAAAAAAAAAAACAAAAAAACA